UCGACCCCUUUGACGCACCUGCAGCUUAUUUGGAAGGCACGGUCUGGGUGUAUAUAGGAGCGGCGGAACGACUCCUCUUUGCCUGAGUGUUUUAUCUUGGUGAACCCGCCGUCUCCUCGUUGUUCCCCGAGUUGGCCGUCUGCCCCGGGAUCCUGAACAACUUCUGCCACUCCGUUGUUUUGGACGUUUCUUCAAGAAACCACCGGAUUCCCUGAUCGAGCCCGACGCCAUCUGGAGGUUCGUUAUUCUGGACCUAGUCGGACCCGACUCUGACCGCCUACUACCUGUCCGCCCUCCAACCCAGCCAUCUCCUCCAGCGCUCUGGCAGCUACCAUACUCACACCCUCCAAAUUUCUGAUCAUCAAGGUGAGGUGACACAUCAGCAGGUAUAUAAUAACGGAGUCUGAACGUCGGAGACACAGAGGAGAAGCAGAAGUUUGGAAUCAAGUUCAUUCAGCUGCAGUGAACCACACUGACUACAGAUUUUCAGUUUGUCCAAUUCAACAGUAAGGAUGAAGCUGUUAUCACUUCUCUUCCUCCUGGCUCCACUGCUGAUCAGCUGUGAAGCGGCUGAGGACCAACUGCCACGUGAUUGUGAUGACAUCUACAAUAAGGAUAAUAAUCUUACCAGUGGAGUUUACAUCAUCUAUCCAAGUGGAUCUACAUCUGCUGUUCAGGCUUACUGCGACAUGGACUCAGAGGGAGGACGCUGGACGGUUUUCCAGAGGAGGAUGGAUGGCUCUGUAAACUUCUACAGACCCUGGGCGGAGUACAAGAGAGGCUUUGGAAACGCUGCUGGAGAGUACUGGCUGGGUCUUGAUAACAUCCGUGAAUUGACACGGAGUCAGAAUUAUGAACUGAUGGUCGACAUGGAGGACUUUGAAGGAAACAAAAAGUUUGCUCUUUACUCUUCAUUUAAAGUCGAUGCUGAGUGUGAGGGUUACCUUCUGCAUGUAAGCGGUUUCAACAACAAAGGGGGCGCUGGAGACAGCCUUACAGAUCAAAAUGGAAUGAAAUUUUCCACCUUUGACAAAGACCAGGACAAGUCGAGCUUCAACUGUGCCAAAAAAUUUCUCGGUGCUUUCUGGUACAACGGUUGUCACUAUACAAACCCCAAUGGGGUUUAUCGCUGGGGGGCUGAUGACACACUCCAUGCUGUUGGAGUGGAUUGGGUUCAAUGGAAGGGAGUUAAUUACUCCCUGAAGAGCAUCAGCAUGAAGAUCCGUCCUGCCCAGUAAAUCUGCAGGUUAAACAUCCAGCAAAAAAUAAUGAGUUGCUUUUUCUUAUAAUCAAACAUCAACUUUUGGCUUCAAACAUGAGUCAAAAGUUCACUUGAUUACUAAUCAAUAUAAUCCAGUUGAUUGUGCUUUAAAUCAUUGGUGAGAGUUUGCUACCUGUAAUCAAUUUAUCUCUGAUAAUAAAUAAGAUGCCAGCAGCAAUA